AGAAAAGUUCUGAGUAGGUAGGUGCAGAGGCUCAGCGAGCAUUGUAUUGAUACAUCAGCUGCACCAUGGUUGUGAGGUCCAAAGGAGUCACUCCGUUUUAAGAAAACAUACCCGCGUACGACAGUGGUCGGCCAACUUUCAGAGCUUCUUCUGGGAUAUGAUCGAUUGACCACCACCCUUUGUUUUGCAAUGCUGCGGCAUUACUCUUUAUCCCGUUUCUCGUCUGGUGCCCGGAGAAAGAUGUCAAAUAUUGCCUGUGGGAAAGAGAAGACUGUGCACGUCCCUCAGGAGCCUGACCUGUUAGAGUCCAAGAACAUGGCCCCGGAGCCGCUACCCCCUCAGAAAGUACUCAAGAUAUUUAGCAUCAACAUCAUUGCUCAGGGUUUGCCUUUCUGCCGCAGACGGAUGAAAAGAAAGUUGGACCAUGGCCCCGAGGUCCGAUCUUUCCCUUCAGGAAAAAAGCCCUGCAAAGGCCCAGAGUAUCCAAGCCCGACAGGAAUUGUCCCAUGUCCAGCCACACCUACCACAUUUGGCCACAUCAGAACAGCCAAUGGUCAGGGGCAGCAAAGACGACGCAUCACCUCAAUCCAGCCACCUACAGGUCUCCAAGAAUGGCUCCGAACAUUUCAGAGCUGGACUGGCCCUGAGAAGCUACUGGCCCUGGAUGAGUUGAUUGACAGCUGUGAGCCCACACAAGUCAAGCAUAUGAUGCAGGUGAUAGAGCCACAGUUUCAGCGAGACUUUAUCUCCCUGCUGCCCAAAGAGCUGGCUUUGUAUGUCCUGGCAUUCCUGGAACCGAAGGACCUCCUCCAAGCUGCCCAGACGUGUCGCUACUGGCGCAUCCUGGCAGAAGACAACCUGCUGUGGCGGGAGAAAUGCAGGGAAGAGGGCAUUGACGAGCCUCUGCCCCAGAAGAAGAGGAAAAUUGUUCGGCCUGGCUUCACUCACAGCCCGUGGAAGAGUGCCUACAUCAGGCAGCACAGAAUAGACACUAACUGGAGGAGAGGGGACCUCAAAUCACCUAAGGUGCUGAAAGGUCACGAUGACCACGUGAUCACCUGCCUCCAGUUCUGUGGCAACCGCAUUGUCAGCGGCUCGGACGACAACACGCUGAAAGUCUGGUCCGCUAUCACAGGAAAGUGUCUGCGAACGUUGGUGGGCCACACAGGUGGGGUGUGGUCAUCCCAGAUGCGAGACAACAUUAUUAUCAGUGGUUCGACUGAUCGCACACUUAAGGUCUGGAACGCAGAGACAGGAGAAUGUAUCCACACCCUCUAUGGGCAUACCUCAACAGUGCGCUGCAUGCACUUACAUGAGAAAAGGGUGGUCAGUGGUUCUCGUGAUGCCACGCUGCGCGUCUGGGACAUUGAGACGGGUCAGUGUUUACAUGUCCUCAUGGGCCAUGUGGCGGCAGUCCGCUGUGUCCAGUAUGAUGGCCGGCGGGUGGUCAGCGGUGCUUAUGACUUCAUGGUCAAAGUGUGGGACCCAGAGACGGAGACUUGCCUCCACACGCUGCAGGGCCACACCAACAGAGUGUAUUCAUUACAGUUUGAUGGGAUCCAUGUGGUGAGCGGCUCAUUGGACACGUCCAUAAGGGUCUGGGACGUGGAGACAGGGAACUGCAUCCACACGCUAACAGGGCAUCAGUCCCUCACAAGCGGCAUGGAGCUGAAAGACAACAUCUUGGUCUCGGGCAACGCAGACUCCACUGUCAAGAUCUGGGACAUCAAGACAGGCCAGUGCCUACAAACACUGCAAGGUCCACACAAGCACCAGAGCGCUGUGACGUGCCUCCAGUUCAACAAGAACUUUGUCAUCACCAGCUCGGACGAUGGCACGGUUAAACUGUGGGACCUGAAGACGGGCGAGUUCAUCCGUAAUCUGGUGACUCUGGAGAGCGGCGGUAGUGGGGGCGUGGUGUGGCGCAUCCGGGCCUCCAACACCAAGCUGGUGUGCGCGGUUGGCAGCCGCAACGGCACAGAGGAGACCAAGCUGCUGGUGCUGGACUUUGACGUGGAUAUGAAGUGAGGCGGGACGUUUUGGGGGAAGGAUGAAGAGAUCGAAAACCGCAGAGAGGAACCAACAGAGACAGAACGGGAGAUGAGGCACGGAGAAACCAGAGGGCAGAAGCCGAGAGCUCUUCACCCAAACUUGCAAAAUCAACAACCACCACCAUCAACAGCGGGCUGUCCUGUCCUGUCCUCCACCGUCAUCUUCCCUGUCCCCCCCUCCUGCGUAAAUGUUACUGACAAAGCCACAGAACCCUCUCAUGUCAUCACAGUCCCUGCCUCUGACCGUCUACCGCCACCCGCCCAGUGGAGUCGAGGGGAUCGGGCUGGAAGUGGGGCAGCGGGGGCACCAGCGGGGGCACCAGCGGGGGCACCAGCGGGGGCACCAGCGGGGGCACUAGCGGUCUGUCUCGUGAUUAGUCUGGAGAAAGAAGAGAAGAAAGGAACGACUGAUGAUGACUGAACUCUUUUGAAGUGACUCCCCGCCCUUUCAGUCCGGAGUCGGCUUCGCACAGAGACUUUCGCUUCAAACCUGACAGAUUUUGAGAUGUACAGAGAUAUAUUAUUUUUUAAAGCCCCACCCCCCUCAUCAGUAUGCACACACACAGACACACACAUGCACAUAUACACAUACCAGGAAGUGGAAAACACUGACCAUAGGAAAAGCUUGAGCAAGGUGGGAGAUGUUUUAAAGGUGAAUUUCUACACAGUUACACGUUAAGAGCUGCUUGAUGUUAAGGUGAAAAUGGGAGGUUUCGUUGUUUCUCGUCACUCCAUUUCCAUUCUUGCUCUCCACUUAGUUUCUGAAGUCUGGUUUCUUUACAAUAUCGCACACAAACACAACUGUGAAUUUCAGUACCUUUUUGGUUUAUCAUAUGAAAGGGGUUUCUGUAUUGUUGUUGUGAUUUUUUUUUUUUUUUUCUCAAACCCCCCCCUCACUCUUUUUUCUUGCCGUUGCCAACAGCAACAAAUCCCAGUAUUAGAAACCUGCUCAGUUUAGGUUUGCUGUCAUUAUGUCACAGGAUUUUUUCCCCCUCUUUCUUUUGGUCUUUUUUGUUUUGAGUUGUUUGUUCUUCCUCUCUGUUUUCUACAUACCUGGGUUUGGAGCGCCGUCUCCACAUCAACGUCAAUGCUGUCCAGAGUUUUUCAGUCUAGCUGGGGAGGUUCCUUCAGUGCCAGUGCUAUGACGAGAAGUAAAGCUUCUCUGCUCAGAGUGCUGUGGAUUGACGCCCCCGAACUCCCUCAGCCCCUCCCCCCCUCUCCUGUUUUUCCCCAGUGGCCAAACUGUAUUUAUGCUGCUAGAUGAAUGGAAAAGAGAGAGAUGGAACUCUUACUUGCUGUGACGUUUUAGUCCCAGGCGAAAUUCCAAAUUGAACUCUGUAUGUUUGGACUUGAAACAAAAGAUGACAAAAGAUGAACAUCCAACAUUUUUGUUUUUGUUUGAUUUUGCCACUGAAAACUUGAGCCAAACGUGCCUCUACGAGGCUGAGAGGAGGGAGCGUGUCCGACAGAUACUGACAGGAUCGCCUGCUGGGAGGAACCGAGCGGGAUGUACACUGUUGGCGUGCGUGCGUGUGCGUGCGUGUGUGUGCGUGCAUGAGUGCGUGUGUUAAGCGUGUUAAUGGGCUACUUGUAAACACAUUCCUUUGGGACAAAGCUCUUUCAGCCUGUUCUUUGGGGAAAUGUACAAAUGCUGUGUGGACUGGUGAAGAAAAAAAAAAAACAAAACUAGCAGAUGUAUCAACUUUUAACACACGAAUGAAAGAACUGUCCGUAUCCAUGUGUGACUGUUGUUCCAUUCAAAGAGGAGACCAUCACAAACAUCAGCUGACUGGUCGAGCGGCCAGGAGUCCUAGUGUUACAUGUGUCGCAGUUAAAACCGCCUCGGUUGCAGCCUUGUGGUUUGUCAGUGGGAAAGAUUCCAAACACACGAAAGGCGACAAACGUGAACUGAAACAUUGUAGCCAAAACGAAAAUCGUCUCAAUCUCCAAGAGUCACAACUCAAGCUGAACUGUGAAAGUGGUAUAACACUGUAUAUUAAAAAAGAAAAAAAGAAAUCAAUCUUGCUCUAUCUCCUCUUGUUGUUUUCUCCCUCUGUUAUAAUUUAUGGUCUGGUUUGAGAAAUCAGAUUUGUUGCAGGUGUUUUAUUUUUUCAGUUCAUGUAAACUGCCUGGCAAAAAAGAAAACAGACAGAAAAAACCUUAAAGGGAUUGUGUAUUUGUUUGAUUCACUUAGAAUUUUAUUUUCUUAUAACUUAAGUGCAAUAAAAUGUGGGUUUUUCUUUUUUCAUUUCAAGCAUAUCAGUUGUCUGUUUUUGUUACCUGUGUGAAGGCAUCUUAUAUGUUCAAUAAAGCAAAUUAUUUGAGUAA